GUACCAAUUUGGUUGGUGCCAUAAAAGUCGCUACACUUCUUAAUUAUUUUUCUCUUCUUUUUUUCUCUAAUUUCUUUUAUUUGCAAACUCUCUACUCUUUUUGUUCUUUAGUUUGUUUUAAAAAAUUUUUAUAAACAUUAUGCCAAAUUCUAUGCAUUUUUAAAUUAAAAAUGCUCAAGAUAAAUAAUUCCCCUUAAGAUAAUUCCCACUACACUCGCUCAAAGGAGUUAUUAAUAGUUGUUAUCUUCACUCGUAUAUUAAAUGUUCUUUUAUUCUCAUUUUAUAGGUUAAAUGAAUUCAGCGAUUAUAAUUGAUAUUUCUGAGAAUGGAGCAAGUUUAGAUGAUGACAAACAAAAAUGUAAAAAUGAUGUAAAUGAUGUUAAAAAGUAUUAUAAUGAUGAUAUUGUAAGAUUCUACCAUGACAGCAAGAAUCCGUCACCUCUUUCAAUUCAGCUACAAAAAGAGAAUACUAAAAAUCAUGAAAUUAAUAUACUCAGAAAAAUGAGCAAAAACUUUCUUAGUGGAUAUGAUAAACAAAAUGCAAUCUAUGCCUUAACUUUAUUUGUUAAAAGAAGAUUAUUAAUUGUUAAUUCAAGUAAUGUUAGUGAAAAAAUUACGUAUCCAAAUUGUAUAAAAAAUGUAUUAUACGAGGCAGUUUUGGAAAUUACCAUUCCUAUUGCUAAAAUACGCUCAAAGAAAUAUUGUGCAGAAUCAAGAACUUCAAAUGAUGCCGAAUUGUCUGUUGCUUUAAUUGUUUUGGAAGAAUUGUUCAAAUUUGAUAUUAUUAAAGAAGCUUCUAUUGAAUUAUAUUGUAAGGGAAGGAAGGUGUGUUUAAAAAUGUAAAAAUAAUUUGGUACUCUUUGGAUAUACCGUCCUCUACCUAGUUUGUGUCU